UAUUCCUGAACCCAGAUAGACCGACUGCCCCUCUCCUUGCUCUCUCUUCCCCAUUCCCUCCCUUUCCCUUAGCUUUACUCCCUCCUCACUCCCUUCUCUCUUCUUGUCUUGAGUUUGAAUGGAGAAGCUGGGUUCCACGGAUCCUGCAGACCCUCCGCCGGGUGCAGGGCCCGUUGCUGGGGUUUCUGUUGGCAGGAGCACAGGGGCCGAGGAAGACGAGGCAGCAGUCAGCUCCAAACUGUUUCGGUGUGCAUGCGUGAGACGUUGGUUACCACUGGUCUACAGAGAAGAACUCUACCAAGUCUUACGGCUCUCGGGCCCACUGCUGCUGUCUCGGGUUCUGAACUUCCUCCUGCCGUUUGUUAACAGCAUAUUCUGUGGUCACAUUGGCAAUGCAGAACUGGCAGGAUUCGCACUGGCCUCAGCGACCAUUAACAUCACUACAUAUGCAACAGGCUUUGGCCUUGCCGUGGCGUGUGACACACUCAUUUCUCAGACAUACGGCAGUAAAAACCUGAAACGUGUGGGAGUCAUUCUCCAAAGGAGUACAUUGAUCCUACUGCUGUUCUGUCUGCCCUGUUGGGCUCUUCUCGUCAACUCUCACAACCUGCUGAUCAUCUUGCACCAAGAGGAACAGGUGGCAAAAAUUGCCCAUCUCUACGUGAUGGCAUUUCUACCGGCUGUUCCAGCCAUAUUUCUGCACCAGCUGCAAGUUGCCUACCUACAAAACCAGGGGAUCAUUCUGCCUCAGAUGUACACGGCAGCAGCAGCAAACGUUUUCAACUUGGGGGCCAGCUAUGUCCUAAUCUUCCUCCUCGACAUGGGUGUCAAUGGAUCAGCAAUUGCUAACAGCCUUUCUCAGAUUGCCAUCUGCCUGCUGUUGUUUGGCUACAUCAGAUGGAAGAAGCUCCAUCAGGAAACAUGGGCAGGCUGGUCCACUGAAUGUCUGCAGGAGUGGGGCUCCUAUAUGAGUCUGGCUAUCCCCAGUGCAUUCAUGGUCUGCUUUGAAUGGUGGGUCUGGGAGGUUGGCGGUUUACUUGCAGGUGUACUUGGAGAGGUGGAUCUUGCUGCCCAGCAUGUGAUGGUGGAAAUAGGAGCCAUAGCAUUUAUGUUCCCUCUAGGUAUCCAGGCAGCUGCCUGUGUGCGUGUUGGCAAUGCUCUGGGGGCCGGGAACACUACCAGCGCCUUAGUCACCUGCAAAGUAGCGCUGUUUCUGUCAGGAACACUUGCUUUUCUCCAGGGUAUCGCCAUCGCUAGCUUUAAGUCUGUCGUUGGCUACAUAUUCACCUCUGAUGAAAACAUCGUGAACAUAGUCUCACAAAGCCUCACAGUCUACAUAUUUGUACAAUUCUUUGACGCUCUGCUGUGUGUCUGCUCAGGGAUUCUUGUCGGAGCUGGGAUGCAAAAGAUUGCCGCCUUGUCCAACUUGGUGGGUUACUACUGCAUCGGUCUGCCGGUGGGAAUAGCUCUGAUGUUUGCUGCCAAGCUCAGGAUAUUAGGCUUGUGGCUGGGUAUCUUUAUCUGUGUUUCACUUGAGACGGGGUUCUUCAUCUUUUUAAUCUUUAAACUGAACUGGAAGAAAGUCACACAGAAGGCUCAACUGCGAGCUGGAAAGAGAGUAAUGGUGAUCCCAAUGCGCCCUGUUAGUACUCUGCUAAAUGACGCGAUGGUGGCAGACAUCUCUGACUGCCCUAAUACAGUAAGCCAAGUUGGUCGGCGAAGCCGUGAAUCAGAUGGCUACAGUCCAGUCAACACCCAGGAUCAGGAGCUGAAAGCGUUUCCUGAGGCAGGGGACAGCGAGAUCAAUGCAGUAGGAGCCGAUCGGGAUGCUGAGCAGAGCAAAAAGGCUUCCAAAGACAGCAAAACUGUAACACUGCUUUCUGUCACUGAGCUGAUCCUGCGCAGGGGGCUCAUCCUUGUUGUUUUAGUUCUCAUUUUGGUCAUAGGUGUGGCUUUCCACAUUGCUUUCCCUGUACCCGAGUUCUCCGCCAGGAGCAGUGCCAACUUCACCUUGAACUGGAAUAAUGACUCCACCCCUACACCACUGUCUCCACACGACCUGAACCAGGAUAUCUGAGCCAUCUUUGAAUAUCUCGAGUGGCUUAGCCCAGUUCUCAUGAACUGACAAUUUAGAUCUCCUACAGGAAAAAGCCUAACAUCCAUAGUUCUGCUUUUAGACCAGGGUGCUUUUUUGUAAAACUGCAGCAUGACAUGUGUUGAGAAGAAUACGCCACAGUGCUGCACUGCUGAGCCAAAGAAAGCUGGUAGAAAUAUCAAAUGAGACGGAGACUGGCAGGAUGAACGAAGGUCUUGCUACAAAGAUCAUGGUUUUAACCAGCCUGAGAUGUUCAAGUGGGAUCACAAGACACAUUAUAACUCGCUCAAUAGGAGACCACGUGGGAAUCAAGAACAGAUUUUCUGCACAGAUAGCUUUUGAUUUUGUCCCCUUAUACUUGCCUUGAUUUAUGUUUUGCACCAUCUAUUGUCUAACUGACUUCAAAUCAAUUUGUUGUGAUUUAACUGUAAGUGUGAGAUGACUGUAAAUAGCUGAUGUAAAAUGUAAAUGUAAAAUGUACAUGUUUAAAUGUAAAUAUGUAACAUGGCUAUAUUAUUGCAUUGUCUUUCUAUAUCACUGCCACAGAAGUGAUUGAUAAAUAAUAAGCUAAUUAUUUUUUAAUGUUUAUGUAUGACUGCCAUUUGAUUGCACCCCAAUCAAUACAAAAAAUACUUUAACAAUAAAAACUUAACACAG